AUGGUAGAAAAGUCCGCAAUUGGAAGGCUGUGUGAAAAAUGUGAUGGCAAAUGUGUGAUCUGCGACUCGUACGUGCGGCCCUGCACUCUUGUGCGCAUAUGUGAUGAGUGCAACUAUGGUUCGUAUCAAGGGCGCUGUGUGAUCUGCGGAGGGCCAGGAGUAUCCGACGCCUACUAUUGCAAGGAGUGCACCAUCCAGGAAAAGGAUCGAGAUGGUUGUCCUAAGAUUGUCAACUUGGGCAGCUCCAAGACAGAUCUCUUCUAUGAAAGGAAAAAGUACGGCUUUAAGAAGAGGUGAUCCUACCUGUGUGUGGCUGCAUCUCCUGUUGGGUUGGCGAGAGGGUCUUGGAACAUCUCU